CGGCAAUAUCUGAUCUGUCAUUUCUGCAGCGGCGAGCGCGAUGGCCAACUACCUCACGCAGGCCGUGAUCCCGAUGGCCAUCAUCGUCAUUGGGCUUGCGUGCUUUGUGUACUUUUGCAUCUUUAAGCUCAUGACAAAGCCGAUGUCCUUCACGCUCGGCCGUCCGCUCCUCUCGAACGACUUUCUCGGUGCCAUCCACGGUCUCAAUCGCCAAGACAUUGAAGAAUUGAUGACUCACGCCGCCAAGUGGCGCUGCGUCGUGUGCGCGUUUGAAAAUGCCGACGUGUCGACGACGUGCGUGCUCUGCGACUCGGCCAAAGACCUCGAGAGCCCACCACUGAAACGAUCGCUGGCCCAAGAGGCUGCCACGCGCCGCCACGACUGGAAGCGGGCCUUGGAUGCGCACACUGGCCACGUCAUUUGGAGCGCAGUACCGCAGCACGCGUCGUUCGUACCACACGCAGUGCGGCCGCAACAUGACGUGGAGAUUGCAGUCGAUGCCGAGACGCCCCACGAGCUCGAGCUCACGAUUCUGCGUGUGCGGCAGCCGCGCGACGGCGCCGCCAUGUCCCUUCUUGGAACGCCAUGGCCAGCGUGGUUCAUCCCGCAGCUUGCCGCACUUCAAGCGUCGUCCUUCUCGACCAAGUAUCUGUGGUUUCUCACCCAGCUCGACGCCUUGCCGAGCGCGAGCAUUGCCAAGCUCUCGGUACACCGAGGCAAACUACUCGACGGCUCGAUGCGGUUGCUGGAGCAGCUCCCGCUUGACCAGCUCUGCGCACAAACCCGCAUUGAGCUUAUUGGCGAGAUCGGCGUCGAUGCCGGCGGCCUCCAGCGCGAGUGGUACACGAUGCUCACGCAAGCCAUCUUGGACGAGAGCGCUGGCUUGUUUGUGGCUACCGACAACUACAAGUACACGAUUGCGCCCCGUUCGUCGGUGCCGCCCACUCGGUAUCGCUGCGUCGGCCGACUCCUCGGGCGCGCCUUGCUUGACGGCCAAGUCCUUCCGUUCCACCUCUGCACGCCCAUGUACAAGCUCCUCCUCGGUCUUCCGCUCUCGCUUCUCGACGUGCAAUUUAUGGAUCUGCAGCUCUACAAGAGCCUUCUCUACGUCCAAUCGACGCCGGACGUCGCGGCGCUGAGCCUCGACUUUACCGUCGCAAUUGACGCGCAGCACGUCGUGCCACUCGUACCCGGCGGUGACACCAUGGCCGUCAAUGUCGACAACCAAGCCCUGUACGUCCAAGUGAUGGCCGAGUACAUUCUUUUCGGCCGCAUCCAGCGCCAAGUCGAAUAUUUUCUCGCUGGGUUUUUCGAGGUGCUCUCCCCCGAGUGGCUUGCGCCGUUCGACUACAAGGAGCUCGAGCUCCUCCUCUGCGGCAUUGCAGACAUCAGCGUCGACGAUUGGAAGCAGUAUACGUCCGUCUCGGCGGUCUUUACGACCACCGACGCCCUCGUGCUGUCGUGGUUUUGGGACGCUGUCGCCAACAUGACCAACGCGGAGCGUGCCAAGCUGCUCCAGUUUGCGACAGGCUCGACGCACGUACCUGUCCAGGGCUUUAAAGGUCUCACGAGCACGGACGGCCGACUCUGCCCGUUCUCGAUCAAGGCCAUCGCGUACGAACCCGGCCUGCUGCCGCGGUCCCAUGCGUGCUUCAACCGGAUCGACUUGCCCGUGUACCCGUCCCGCGACGAGCUCAACGCGGCGCUCCAGCUCUUACUGCAGAUGGACAUGACCGAGUUUGCACUUGUCUAGUAUAGUGUAACCUACUGCUUUAACUGCAGUAGCACUGACUUUGCGUUCUUGGCGAGGGA